AUUCUAUUAACAAACUCUUCUGUAACGAACCUGUCCGAGGAUCUUAUCUUAUUUCCUCGCGGUUCACUUGAUCUGCGAUCCAUACGUCAGUUGAUUUGCAAUCAAGCUUAGCCUCGUUUUGCUCAUCUGAGCAAAUUCUGCUAGAGCAGAUCACAUAGUUCGUGGACGAGUAGUCUUUUUAAAGACUGCUGCGAAGUACCAACAGAAACCCAGUAAACAAAUCACACAAGAAUCCGGUACGGCCACAGUGUUCGUUACGAUCUGUGUGAAAGCUCUUUGUGUCAUUGAUUGCUAUUCGUAACGAAAGAGGCCCUCACUUUGUCUUUGACCCCUUUCUCAAGAAGGUCUCCUCUUCCUUUGUUGAACAUACCAAUCAUCAUCUCUAUCGCACAGCGCCUCCUCGACGUUUUCCCUCUUCAUACGUUCUCCGACUUGCUAUUAAAACGUCCUCCUUCAGCCGUUCCUGCUGUCUACUCCCUCCUCCCUCAUCAUGACUAACCACAGGAGCUUAGUUGAACUGACAAAUCUGUCGUUCCCGCAGCUGGCUCUGUCGACGACUAAAAAAUCUGCUACGAAUGAAUUUAACGGUACUAGUACGGAAGAAAUGCAGCCGGAAUUCGACGAUGUGUUAAAAAACUCCAGCCAACAAUUCAUUAUUCAAUCGCCUCCACCUGACCGUCCGGGGAGCACCGCAACUUGGGCUCCGUCUGUAAGUCAACUGGAAUCCACCAGAAUCGGUGCUUGGAUUUGGUUGCUGUCGAUCGUGGCUGGAAUUGCUGGUCUUCUUUUCGGUUACGACACAGGUGUCAUUUCGGGUGCACUUGUCUUGUUCGGUACCGAUUUGGGCCACACGCUUUCUGAUUUGGAAAAGGAACUGAUUACUGCUGCGACUGCCUUGGCUGCUUUGCUCGCCGGUAUCUUCUCAAGUUGGCUUGCCGAUGUGAUUGGCAGAAAACGGCUGCUUGUUUAUGCCGACUUUAUCUUCGUUAUUGGUGCUGCCGUCAUGGCUUGUUCCAAGAAUGUCGGAACGAUGAUCGCUGGUCGUUUCAUCGUCGGUUGGGCUAUUGGUUUGGCGUCGCUGAUCGUGCCCAUGUACAUUUCCGAGCUGUCUCCUGCUCAUCUUCGUGGGCGUCUGGUCAUUAUUUAUGUCGUGUUUAUUACGGGAGGCCAAUUGCUCGCCUACUCCUUGAACGCUGCUUUUGAAAAUGUUUAUCAUGGUUGGCGUUACAUGAUGGCUUUUGGUGCCUUGCCCGCCAUCGGCCAGUUGAUUUUCCUGUACUGGACACCCGAAUCGCCUCGUUUCCUGCUGAAACACAACGAGGUCGAAAAGGUGUACUCCAUCUUGUCGCGUAUUCACCCAUACGCUAAGCCAAAUGAGAUUGCCUUCAAGGUGUCUUUGAUUCAAGAAGGUGUGGCCGCCGAUACGUCGGACGACAGCACUACGAAGUGGCAGCGUCUUAGACACUCUUUCCAUCUCUUGUUCACCGUUCCCAGCAACAGACGUUCACUGUUCAUUGCUUGUGUUCUCCAGGCUUUCCAGCAGUUCUCUGGCACUAACGCCAUUCAAUACUUCUCUGCAACUAUCUUCAAGUCUAUGGGUUUCAAGAAUGCCAUUGCUACCAGUAUUGUGAUUGGUGCAACCAACUUUGUGUUUACGUGUCUCGCAUUCAUGUCCAUUGAUCACGUUGGUCGCCGUCGCACGCUGUUGUAUACCUCCUGGGGUAUGAUGGCGGGUUUGGUCAUGUGUUCCAUCUCCUAUAAGUAUUUGAAGACCGACUCGAAUGGCUCGCUUCUUCCGGGCGUCUCUCGCUCUUGGCCUAUAGUCAUCUUGCUGUCUAUCAUCGUCUUCCUUGCUAGCUACGCUUCUGGUAUCGGUAACAUUCCCUGGCAACAAGCUGAACUCUUCACUAUGGAGGUUCGUGCUCUUGGCGUCGGCAUUGCUACUGCAGUGAACUGGGCCGGUAACUUGAUUGUCGGUGCUACCUUCCUUACCUUGAUGAGCGCUAUCACACCUACGGGUACCUUUGCCUUGUUUGCCGGUCUCUGUUUCUUGGGCUGGAUAACGUGCUAUUUCGCAUACCCCGAGCUUGCUGGUCUUCCCAUUGAAGAAGUUUCGAAGAUUCUUGAGCGUGGAUUCUGUGUUAAGGAACUUAAUGAGCGUAACAGAAAGCGUCGGAGACACUAAACGGUCACACCGAUGGGACGAGAUGCAGAUUCGUUUUGUACGAUGCAUUGUACUACUACUAUAAAUCUGUUUCAUCUUUCAUCAUCAAUUCAUUCGCUCCAUCAUCAUGGGACUGUUUCUACGGAUGUGGUCUUUUAUUUACAUGCAUAUUAGGUCCGUUUUAUGGAUCACAUUUAUGUUCAUUUACUUCACUUUAAUGUAAUUUGUUUCUCAUUUUUUCCAACAAGUUUUAAUUAAACUGGCGUCCGAUGAUGGACAACAUCUGUGUAUA